AUGAGAUUUCCGAAUGUGGGUUUGGCUGAGCUAUCUAAAAGUAUUAUCAAAAUUCGGGGCCCCGAUGCCACCAAGUUUUUGAAUGGACUAGUAACAUCUAGGCUACUUCCAAACGUUGUUAAGAAAAAACAACAUACAAUAAGUGAAUCGGAAAAUAGACAUUCAAACCUUUCAGAGAUUAUUGAUGUUUCUCAAAACUAUGGAUUAAUGCAUGAAGAUAUUUAUGAUCCCGAUUAUAACAUAACUAUUAGCAGAGAUGGGGUUAAUUCAAUGAUUUUGAAUUCAAAGGGACGAGUAGUAACAGAUUGCUUUUUAUAUCCUGACCCCUUUCAUAACGUGGAUGGGACUUUCCAAGAGAGCAUAAAUGAGCCAGGAUAUUUAUUAGAAGUAGAUAAACUGAUACUGCAACAAUUGAUGAUGAUACUAAAGUUACAUAAAUUAAGUGCUAAAGUCGAUAUAAUCCCUGAUAAAAAGCUUCAUUCCUAUUACUAUUAUGAUGACACUUCAACGUUUGAUGCAUGGUUGGAAAAUAUUCAAUCCAAAUAUUUCAAAAGCCUCGACCCAACAGCUGCUCUACAGAAUGCCAAUUCUUUUAUCAAGGACAAUGUCUUUUUCAACCAAAAAAUAGCUAAGAAUAUAUUGGGGUUUGCCAUUGACAAUAGAAUUCCAAACUUUGGUAUAAAGUUCAUUUCGAACAAGCCAAUAUCAACUACUGGUGAGAAUGAUAGCCACAACGUUGUGAUCCCAGUAGAGUCGGUCUUUUCUGAGUCAUUUAGCGAGGAAUUUGACACAACUACUAUUGAUGAAAGCAGUGUAGUUAGAAGACGAUUUCAGAAUGGAUUAUUUGAAAUUCAGGAUGCACCAAAGGGCAGUUCUUUGUUGCCCUUUGAAUGUAAUCUAGAUUAUAUCAAUGGUUUGUCCUUGGACAAAGGGUGCUAUGUUGGCCAAGAAUUGACUAUACGUACAUUUAAUAAUGGUGUUAUCAGAAAAAGAAUAUUCCCAGUGCAGUUUUUCCAACUAACAGAGUAUAAUCUUAGCUACUUACAGGGUCACCCUAUUGAUUUAAAUAUGUUGGAUCCAGUGAUAGAAAGAAUGAGUAAUAUUCCAAGUUCGUCGUUAGGGAAAUUGGAAAUCACACCACUCGACGAUUCAGAGUCUCAACAGAAACAAGCGUCUACUAAUGAAAGCUCCUUUGCAUCGUCACCGUUUGGGUCUUCCAAGGUUGUAAGGAAAAGAAAAACCUCACUUGGGAAGAUAAUUUCAGUUCAAGAUAAUCUUGGGUUAGUGAUGUUUGCAGUGUCUGAUGUGGAAAAGUGUCAAAUUUAUAAACUAGAACUACCUUCAUUUGAAGGCGGAACUCAAUUCAUUGGUGUGAAAGUCGAUAUUCCUGAUUGGUGGCCGAUAAGUUAG